CGUCGUGCGUCGGUCUUACCGGUAGUUUCAGAGAGUGGAGCAUCAUGUCGAGGAGGGAAAAAUCCGUCUACAUUUCAAAAACGGAGAGCUGUCCCGGUCCGCUGAGCUGAAAAAUGGGAGCAAGCGCGUCAGUGUCGCUCUGUAGCGACCCAUCUUCAGUGAGAAUCCUGAGGCCCGUCACUAAGGUCAGCCCAGAGCCCAUCACUCCCACCCUGGAUUCACAGCCUGAACUGGCACCCAGAUGUGUGUUUGGCGUUGCCUUGGAAACACUAAGAGAGGAUGGACAGAUGGUCUGUGGGAUACCCCUCGUGUUGAGAGACAUGGUGGAGUUCCUGAAUAAGAAUGGAAUGCACCAUAGAGGUCUGUUUCGUCUGUGUGGGUCAGUGGUUCGGACCAGGCAGCUAAGACAGCGCUGGGACAGUGGAGAGAGGGUGGACCUGGAGCACGAUGGAGAUGUCCCCACUGUUGCUUCGCUCCUCAAACUCUUCCUUCGGGAGCUGCCCGUCCCCGUAGUUCCCGAACCUCAGCGCAAACAGCUGGUUCAGAGCCUAACAGGAUCUGCAGAUAGGACAGAGGUGAACCAGAGUCUGAGAGAAAACCUUUGCUGCCUCCCAGAUGACAACCUCAUUAUUUUGUCUUACCUCAUCCACUUUCUGUCCAGAGUGGCCGCUCACAGCCAGUCAAACCACAUGCCUGUGGAAAAUCUGGCAACCAUCUUUGGACCUUGUAUAUUCCAUGUUGCUGCAGGACCCAGGAUGCUGGAGGAGCAGAGUGUGUGUAACGCCCUGUUGCUGCAACUUCUCAGACAUCACAAGGUUCUCUUUCAAGCAGCAGCCGAAGACGCAGUGGUUUCCUCCAUUGCCUCCAGCUCACCACCUCCUCCUACCCUCUCAGCUCUUUCACACUUUGAGGUCCAACCCAGCAGCUGUCACUCGGAGCUGAGCAGUGUGGGAAGGUUGGAGGGAAAGGCUGCCUCAUUCUCAACGACCAGAGCUUUUAACCAAACCAUCUGGAUGCACUCUCAUCUCAACAGACCUGACACACUGCUGCAGGGUUGUGAAACCAGCUCUGAUGUCAGCACUGACAUUCAGAAGCUGAUUGCAGACCAGGAGGCUCUGGAGGAGAGCAGUGAAAGUGUGGAGGCAGGCGGUGUGCUUUCCUGCCCCACUGACCCAGGAACAGACCAAGAUCCACAGAGCAGCCCAUUUCAAAGCAUUCAGGGGGAGACACCAGCUAUGGAGUGUACCACAGAAGGCAGGACCUUUUCACAGAUCCCACAGGUCACCUCCUUGUCAAAGGAGAAAGAGGAGGAAGAAACUUCUACAGAUGCAGGGCAGAAUUCGUCUAUUUCAGACUGCUGCGUAGCGAAUGAGUCACAGUGCAAAACCCAAACACACAGUCAGCACACAGAGAGCCGACUGUGCUGUAAAACGCAGAAAGACGAGACAGAGGACAAAUCCAUGGCGUCUGAGUGGAAGGGAAGAAAAGGAGCAGGAGGAGGAUGUGGUGGUUCUCCUGACAGACAUUGUGAUUGCAGAGGCAGGAACAACUGCUCUGACAGCCCUUCCCUCAAGCUACAAGCCCUGGAGGCUGACAUGGGAGCCUCGCCAGCACCAGGAGACCCCCAGGCUCAGGAUAACCUACCUGCUCUGCAACAGCCUUUAUCUACUGAAGCCGAGAGCCUUUAUUUGACCCCAAAACAGAUCCUUCACUCGCCAUCAUCACCACCUGCUCAGGACACAGUAAACUCAUCGCAGCCUGUGCACAUCCCAUCCUCACAUUUGUCCAGUCCUGUCCUCUCUACUGCCACUUAUUCUGAGGGGCUUUCAGGAGAGAAUACCCUGCCGAGCCCUCCAGGCUCUAUUUCCAGCCCACUCCUCUCUCGUUUUAUGACCAACGACUGCCCCGUUCCCUCACCACGAUGCCCCAACUUCAGCCACAGUCUACGCUACAACCUGGACCCUGAUGCAGCUCCGUCCCCACCAUGCUCACAACACAUACGCAUGGCUCGCUGCAGUGUCCAUCCAGAGCUAGACGAGGGCUCUGUGUCCAUCUCAAUGCUCAACAGACACAUCCACACACUGAGGAAGAAGAUCAGGCGGUUUGAGGAGUGUUUUGAACAAGAGAAACACUAUAAGCCGGCCCACAAUGACAAGACGGCACAUCCAGAAGUGGCCAGACUGAUGAAGGAGCUCAUCAAGAGUCGCAAGCAGCUGAAAGAGAUGAAGCUGCGACAGUCAGAGGAAUCAGGACUGAGAGAGCAGGCUGAAACAUGCAGGACCAAUAUAGACCAGAGGGAGGCGACAGGGACUGAGCUGCAGCAGCUGAACAACAACACUAACACCAAACCAAAUGUAGAAGAAACGGUCAACAUUAUAACCAACAGGCUGAAGGAAAGACGGCGGGAGCUGGGCCUGCCUGACAGCAUUAAGGAGAUGUCCCAUUUCCAGAUGAGCAUGGAGAAAACCAUCAUGCAGAAGUGCCUGCUGUACUUUGAGAGUCUCCACGGACGACCAAGUACGAAGCAGGAGAGAACCCUGAUGAAACCUUUCUAUGAUCAGUACCGUCUUCUCAAGCAGCUGCUUUCGUCUGCAGCCACAGCAGUCAUUACAACCAUUGAGGAAGAGGAGGGCUCUGAUGAAGAGCACCCCAAACAACGAAGCCCCAGGCAGCAGCCGCUUUGGUUAAAAUCUCCCAGGUGUAUGUCCCCAGAUGAGUCGCAGUAUCUGACUUCUCUAGAAACAUCUGAAAUGCCUCUGGUGUCUCCGCUCGAAGAGGUGAAGGGUCUCCAGUCGCAGAUCAUCACCAUGGCAACACUGCAUGAAGCUUCAAGAUCAGAAUUACUGGAUCAUCUCAGGAUGGUUCGAUCAGAGAAGCGAAGGCUUCACCGAGCGCUCCGACAGUUUGAGGACCAUUUCUACACACAGACUGGCAGGACUUGUCAGAAAGAGGACCGUGGACCAAUGGCAGAGGAGUACUGCCAGUAUAAGAACCUCAAAGCAAAGCUUCGUUUGCUGGAGGCCCUGCUCAGUAAACAACAGGACUCAACCAAGACAAGUUGAGUAACUCACAGUGGGACUUUUAUUUAACUUAACAGGAAUCGAUUGUUUUUUGUUUUUGUUUUUUUUGUUUUUUGAAAAAUUAGGUCGUGAUGCCGGAGGGUCUGGACUUGUUUCAUGCCAUGCUCAUUAUGUAGAUGCACUUUACAUGAAGAAAACUGCUGGAAAUCGGUGACAAUCUGAAUGAAAUGCUGGGUAAAGUUGUUUUUUUUUUGUCCCAACAACACUUCCUUUAUCAUUCAUGACACGUUAUUAUAAACCUGAUGUAGCAAGUGUACAUUAUGUAGCACAAAUCUAUGUCAAAGAUGAAGCGCUGUAACAACGUGGUGUUAGUUACAUCUGAGUCAUUUUAAGAUUACUUUAUGUAUAUUAUGGCACUUUGUUACUCUUUUUUUUCCUUGCCAGAAUACUGUUUUUGGACAACUUUGUCCGUAGUUAAUGUGGAAACUGCAUUUUUAAAAGUGCUAUCUUGGCAAAAAAUGUGUAAGCUUAAAUGCAGUCAGUGAGACAAUCCUGCAGUGUUUGUGCAUGUCAGUUUUUUAGUCCUACAUUGUGCUAUGAUAUGCAUUAAGAAUUUCAUAGGUGAUCUAAAUUGUGACUGUCAACGUGUUCACCUCGGAAAUAUGUGAAUGUUGGUGAACGUAGGCAUCGUAGUGCAAAUUAUAUCUGCUGUUAAAUUUGUAUUAUUCCCCCUUUUUGCCUGUAUGAAGUUAAUCCCCCCUAAAUGCCGUUGUUGACAAUGAUCAGAGCUUUUGACAUUGUGCACUUCUGGUUUAUAUAGUUUUCUAUCUAUAUAUAUCUAUCUAUAUAUGAAUGUAUCAAUAAAAAUAAAUAUUUUUUCACAUUUAUUCUGCUAAA